UUAUCAGUUAGCCAAACAGCUGAUGAAACCGGCUGUUUAGAUUGAACCAAAAAAGUCAUGCUGUUAAGAAGUACCGCAGCGAAACUUGCGUUCAAAACGCCUAUUAAAACUAUAUUUGAAGGUUUAGGAGUACGAUUAAGCAGCCAAGAUGCCGGCAAUACGAAUCCAGAGGCUCCUCCACAGACGAAUGCACCAGAAUCAUCAUCUACCUUGUCGAAAAAGCGUUCUCAAAUGCAUUUGGUAAACGCCUUAGAAAAUGAUUUGGAUGAGCGCCGUACUAUCAAUCCUAAAGAAACCACCAUUGUAUUGUUUCCCGGUCAAGGUGCACAGUAUGUUGGUAUGGCGGCGCAAUUGAUGCGAUUUCCCUCAGCCCGAUCUAUAUUUGAAUUAGCAAAUGAAGUUUUGGGUUAUGAUUUGCUGAAGUUAUGUAUUGAGGGACCUCUCGUCAAACUUAACCGAACUGAGUAUGCACAAUUGGCGGUGAUGGUGUCGUCUUUGGCCGCAUUGGAACAACUGCGCGAAGAAAGACCACGUGCUAUUGAUAAUUGUGUUGCGACUGCCGGCUUUAGUUUGGGCGAGAUUACAGCGUUAGUGUACGCAGGUGCAUUGCCAUUCGAUAAAGCCUUACGACUGGUACAAGUUCGUGCUAAUGCAAUGCAGGCGGCAUGCGAUGCUGUGCCCAGUGGGAUGGCUUUGGUGCUGUAUGGACCAGAUACUUCAAUUGGAACUGUGUGCGCAAAAGCGCAGCAAUGGUGCUUGGAGCGUGGCGUUGAAUCGCCAUACUGUGGGGUCGCGAACUACAUGUAUCCUCACUGCAAAGUAAUAGCGGGGAAUUUGGAUGCACUGAAAUAUAUCGAGGUGAAUGCGAAGGCUCUGAAAAUUAAGCGUAUGAAACGACUUCCUGUGAGUGGUGCUUUUCAUACGCCCAUUAUGCAAUCAGCAGUUGAACCCUUUACAAAUGCACUAAAGAAAAUCUAUGUAAAGGAUCCGCUUAUUCGAGUAUAUUCAAAUGUGGAUGGUAAGCAGUACCGCAAUGCAACGCAUAUAUUGCGCCAACUCCCUAAACAAAUUGCAAAUCCAGUAAAAUGGGAACAAACUAUGCAUUUAAUGUACGAGCGCCGUGAAGGGACCGACUUUCCACGCACUUUCGAAUGCGGUCCAGGCAAAGGACUCAAACAGGUACUCGAGAAAGUAAAUGCCAAGGCGGCGAAUUCAGCGUUUAACAUCGAAGCGUAGUAAUAAAAAAUUAGCGGUUAAUAAUUAUAAAAUGGCAAAGAUGUUUACCUAUAAGCAAUUAUUAUUAAUAAAGUUUUAAAUUCAAUUGUAAUUUAAAA